UUUGUGAGACUAAAAGCCAGCGCAGCUCGUCUUCUGGAGCAUGAGGAAAAUACAAAGGACUUGCAUUGUGUUCAAGAAGAAUUCAAAUAGUUCACAGAAACUAGUUAUUUGUUAAUGUGUCUCCCUGGUUCUGUUUAGAACUUCAUCAGUGGCGAGAGAUGUUGAUGACAAGCCCCGUGAUGGCUGUGAGCCCUUGGCUGUCAGCGGCAGGGCAGCAGAGGAUCCCGCUGGUCUCCUCACCAUUUGGACCUCCAACUGUGGACAGAGAUCUAUUGCCUUCCACUGUAGCUCCACCUGACCCCAGACAGUUUUGUGUUCCUUCCCAGUUUGGAUCCUCUGUUCUACCAAAUGCAAAUUUGGCAAAUAUGCUGUCCGGUCGCAUCUACUCAGGUUGGGGCCUUUUACCACCCGAGUCUAUAAAGGCAGUGGCCAGAAGGAAUGAGUUGAUUCAAAGGCAUCACACCGCCAGGACAAAAAUGGAAAUGUUUGCCAUUUACCAGCAAAGGAGAAUGGAGAAAGUGCAUCCCCAGGGGCUGGCGGGCCUGGGGGUGCCGAUCCUCUGCGGUCCCGCGGGCCCCGCCGCCUGCCCCGCCCCGAGCGCGCUCCCCGCCGGCGACCUGCGCGUCCCCAGAAGCGCCCUCCGGAGCCUGCAGGGAAACCCCAUGCUGGUGGCAACUGGAACACACGGGACCGAGAGCUGGGGACAGAAAUGCCGUCGACUCAGGAAAGGGGCAGGGAAUCUGAAGGUCCUGGACCGCGGUACCGAGAAUUCCAAGAGUCCAGCAGGAGGAGAGCUGCUGCCACGCCGGACUCACGCGCUUCCUCGCGCGGAGACCGCAGCGCUCACCGGCCUGGCGUCCAGCGCGCCCGUGGCCCCGCCGCCCACCGCCCGGCCCGGCUCCUGCGGGGAGCGCGACCCCGCCGCGGGGGAGGCAUGGGGUUACCGCGCCGCGCCCCAGGACACGGAGGCCGGUGGUGCGGAGAGGGAGGAGCCCUCGGAGCAGGUGUCCGCAGCCUGCGGUGAGAAGCGCGCGGUGUGCGCCCCGGCUGCUCCGUCGCCUCCGCCAGGGCCUGGCGCACUGGUCACAGCUGGGGGAAACCUUUCCUUGGAUGGAGAUAUUCAGAAGUGGACGGUGGGGGACGUACACAGCUUCAUCAGACGCCUUCCGGGCUGUGCAGACUGUGCUCAGGUAUUCAAAGACCAUGGAAUUGAUGGAGAAACUUUGCCAUUACUCACAGAAGAGCAUCUUCGAGGAACUAUGGGAUUAAAACUAGGGCCGGCGCUAAAAAUUCAGUCACAGCUGCCCCCAGAAUUCAAUGCAGAACACACUGAGCACUGUGCGGGUGGGGGUGACAGGCUGCCCCAGCCUCGGGGUGCAGUCCACCGCACCACCCAGGUGUCUCAGCACCUGGGAAGUGUGUUCUACAAGAAAAGCCUCCCACUCCCUGCCCAGGCAAGACCAGCAGCAGAGCCAGCAGCAGACCCCACUCCUCUUUUGGAGUCUAGUUCCUGGAGGGAGACGCUGAGCAUUCCUUGUUCCCGGGACAUGAUCCUUCCUAAAGCAAUCGAGCAAGACAGCAUGAGAAAUUAACACCCUCGAGGAGGAGGCGUCUUUACCAGUUUUGCAGAGAGCGGAGGACAUUACAAAGGCAGUGUGAGGUUCCCAAGCCUGAUGGAGGCUGCGAGGGAGUGGAGGGAGCCACCGAGAGGUGGACGGUGAUCACCCAAGAGGCCUCCUGCCGGGCUGAAUGCCCCUCUGCACCAGGCUGCGUGUCCUUGGAAGGAGGGAAAGCUCUAGUGGCAUGUGUUUCCUUUUUAAUGAGGAAAUCCAUUGAGAAGUCAACACCUCUCUUCACCCACCUCCCACCCCUAAAAGCGACCAAGACAACCCAGUGGGACCAGGGCGGGAGACCAGGGGGAGAAGCUGACCACCAGGCCUCCGCCUUGUCCGGUCCCAGACGUCCAGCCUAAAGCAGGCCUGAGCGAGGGAUGGGGAGAAACUUAACCUUAAAGUUCCAAGUCUGACUGUUACUUGGGACUAGACACUUUCUGAGGAAGACUGGAGAAUCCCUUAUUCUCUGAGAGGGGGCGGAAAGUCAGGUGCCCACCUGAGAUGUCGCCCUCGGUGGGGAGUGACCUCUACACAGGUUUGCUGGUGACACAGGGACAGGGGCCUUGCAAUCCCAGUGUUUCAGCUGGAUGUGUCUGAAAGGAACACGCUAGGAAAGGGGUAGAGGAAGAUGUCUAAAAAAUUAUUUUUUUUUUUUUUUAAGACAGAGUCUCACUAUGUCACCCUUGGUAGAGUGCCGUGGCGUCAUAGCACACAGCAACCUCCAACUCUUGGGCUUAAGCAAUUCUCUUGCCUCACUCUCUCAAGUAGCUGGGACUACAGGCACCCACCACAAGGCCUGGCUAUUUUUUGUUGUAGUUGUUGUUUAGCAAGCCCGGGCGGGGUUCAAACCUGCCAGCCCCAGUGCAUGUGGCCAAGUCCGAAGCACUGAGUAUACUUUAUGAAAUUCUAACCAUAUGAGUGUCUUUUCCAUUUUAAACAUGCAUUUAAAAUGAACAGAUCUUGUGGGAAGCCUCCAAGAUGGCCCCCAGGCACCCUGCCAUGGGUAAUACCCUCCCCUUGAGGGUAACCAGAGCAUUGGAUAUUUUCUAAGGAGAGGCGAUGGAUGUCCCCUCCUUGGCCUCUGUGCCCAGCGCUCCCUAUUGCUCAAAGUCCCAGACAGACCCUCUGAGUCCCAUGGCUCAGUACGGGGCCAUGGCUUAGAGGUCUACGCUCUGGCCUGGCCAAUUGGGCCAGUUUCCCCAGCUAAGCCACCCCGGGAUCUGUGAUCCAUAGGGAUUGUGAGACAAUAAAUGUGAGCUGUUUUCAGCCACUAUAUGUUGCAGAGAUUUGUUUCACAGCAAUGGAAUAUGAAAACAAAACAACCUGUGUUCACUGUUUGAUUUGGCAAGUGGGCUUUUGAAAUCAUUUUCCUGCAACCCAUGCUAAUUCAGUUGAGGUUUGCUUUUUUCAUUUCUUUUUUUUUCCAAAUUAAGCAAGGGUCAUUUAUUGAUUGGCCGGGCCGAGAGUGGGCUCAUGCCUCAAAAACUCUCGACACCUAAAAGCAGGGUGGAAACCUUUCAUAAGAGGCUUUUGGUAGGGGAGGAGGAAUCCUUAAUGUAAGCCAAAUUUGACAAGAGCCAACACCUGGUAAGGGGAGCCCUUAGAAGGGGACACUGGGGUUUUGUAGUUAUUACUAACUCUUUCGGCUGAGCUUCCUAUCUUAAAGGGGGAGUUUCGAAAGCCCUUAGCAAGAUGGAGUUGGGGCCUAACAUUCCCCCCGGUCUUAUGUCCGAGUCAAACCCUUGACUCUUGGUCUGAGUCUUGCUUGCCUACUUCUACAUAAUAUGGGGGUCGGAGUUGUAAACAUAACCAACAAUCAGAAGCUAAAUCUAGUUGAGUUACAUUUAAAGAUGAUGCAUACUAUUUAACAUACUGAACAGAGUAGAAAGCAAAGGUAUUACAGUGGGUCAUCAAUGCUGCAAGUGGCCCCACUGGUCUUAGGUGGCUCCUGGGCGGCACAAUUAACUAUAUUUGGCCAGCCUGUACAGGAAAGAAAUAAAGAUUUUAACAAGAGAAGACAAGAUAUUUUUUUUCCUGACAUAAAACUAAAUCAUACCAUUAAAUAUUUUCAUGAAUUGCUAGUUACUGUCCUGGUCCCUUUACUAAGAAAGAGAGAGUGUCCCCCAAAUUUCAAAAACGUAUUAAUUUUGUAUAAGUUAAGAAGGCAAUGAGCUGAUGACUACCAAGUGUCAGGAUUUUUACUAAAAAUAACUUGAAAAAUAUCCCACUCUCUCCCCACCUCUUUCCAUCCAUCUGAUCCCCACUGCGCAUAAGAAAUGCCUGGUCCCAUGAACUUUCACCUUCCAUAAUUCCCAGCAUGUAGCAGUUUCGCAAAAUGCCGGGUGUGAGUUUAUAGAUGCUGUGGAGGAUAAAAAGAAUAGAGUAAUGACUAUUUUUAGUGGUGAAGAGAUUAGGUGAUGACUUUUGAUUCUGUGUUGCUACUACGUGAGCCCGUUGUUGGUAACUGAUUGAUUUGAACAGAUGCAUCUCAGCGUUGCUUAAAGGAAAAGGUUCUGAUACCCCAUCCCGGCAGACACUGUCACCAAAAAAGGCACUGUGCUUAAUUUUAGAUUCAUGCAUUAAAAAUACAUAUAUACACAAGAACACAUGUGAGGGGCUCUCACCAGCUCUGAAACUCUUCCCUGGGGAAGAAAAAAAGCUGAAAGUCUUGUCCUUACUCAGACCGAUUUGCUCCCAGAUGAAGACUCCUGAGUACCUUUCAGCAAAAGGGAAUGUUACUAACAGAUGACUUUGGACAGUGAAGAUUUUACUUACAUUAUCAUACAGAAAUAGUUUUUAACGCUUUCUCAAAUACAGCAUAUUCUGUACUCUAUAUGAACAUAAAAGCAGAUAGCUACACCAGCACAAAAACUCUCUUUUCUUUGAAAAUAAAUCACAAUAAAAUAAAAUUCUGCUUGAUAAAUAAGGUACUGUUACGGAUGAAAUAUUCUGUUCAGACUGAUCGAGUAAACUCCAUAUAAGGGAGCCCUGUGCUCCUCUUUCCUCUAGGGAAUCCUCUUAUUUUAGCCAAUAAGUAGAAAUCGUAGAAUUUGAGUAUCACUAUUUUGUACCCCUAAGAAUCAAACAAUCAAGGCAUAAUCACAUCACAAAAAGAGAAACAAGCAGGCAUUACCUGCUGCUUUAUGGAAAUCCAUGGAACACCUGGCCUGUAGCUUUGCCAAAACAGUAAAUAAAUACCCUGAAUCUAAUUAAACCUCUAGAUCCAAAAACCAAUUGACAGGAAAUACAGGGG